AUGAAUGGAUCAAUUCUAUCCUCCGCAACCAUAAUCUGGAUCGCGGACUUGCAGGAGCUGGGUGCAUCGCCAGCAGCCGCUAAGAAGAGUGCCGAUUCGGAGCUAUCCUCGCCACGCGAGUUCCUGCAGCUGCGCAGGAGUGCCUUUCGCCUGCUGCACAGGUCCUGGGACACGUACGAGAUCCCCUUCGAGACGCUCGAACUGCACGAAGAGAUCGGUCGCGGCGCCUUCAGCGUCGUGCAUAGGGCUCACGUCUGGGUCGGCAAGGUCCGCGAGACGGUCGCCGUCAAGAUGCUCAAGGACCUGCCGACGUCCGAAGAGAGGAGGAACCUUCAGCGAGAGAUCGAACUCCUCAAGCUAGUGGGCAAGCACGCGAACGUUGUCAGCAUGCGAGCCUACUGCACGAUGGGUCCCAGGCUGGCGCUGGUCGUCGAGUACUGCCCACUGGGCGACCUCAGGACGUAUCUACUUAGGACCAGGGCACGACUCGGAAAAGAGGCUCAUGAUUACGGAUCGGAUAGUGGUGAUCUAGGUUUGCUCAGUGUAUCUACAACAAGCACCGAUUCUGGAAUUCCAGAAGAUCUCGGAGAAGUGCCGUCACUGCUGCAUCUUCUGUCGCUAGCACGGCAAGUCGCCCAAGGAAUGGACUUCCUGGCCUCGAAACGUGUGGUGCACCGCGACCUGGCCGCCCGCAAUGUGCUGCUCGUAACCGAACAGCAUGCCAAGAUCGCCGACCUGGGCCUCUCUAGGGACAUGUACGAGGAAGGCCUGUACCGCAAGCAAGGCGCCGGUCGCCUGCCGGCCCGCUGGAUGGCGCUCGAGUCGCUCUCCCACAUGACCUACACCACCUUGAGCGACGUGUGGUCCUUCGGCGUGCUCAUGUGGGAAGUGGCUAGUCUGGGUGCCGUGCCUUACCCUGGCGUCGCCAACCACCAGCUGUUGGACUUUCUGACAACAGGCCAUCGCUUAGAGAAGCCGGCCAAUUGUCCACAGGAAACGUACGACCUGAUGACUUCAUGCUGGAACGCCAUCCCCAUCUGCAGGCCAACGUUUUCAGCGAUCGUGAGCAAGCUCGAUGAAAUCCUGGAGCAGUCGCAGGGCUACUUUAACUUCAAUUCGGAGUCGGAGUAGCAUGGCUAUGCUGCCACUCAUUGCGCUAGCAGUGCUAGCAGUCGUUUGACGGUUCCCAAGUUCAAGUUGCGCGAAGCCCGGCUUCACUACUCAAGGGAUUGAAGAUAAUG